AUGCGCAGUGCCUGCCCGGGGCCAGUCGGGUGGUACAGCGCCUGCGCGAUUCCGCCGGGGGGGAGGGGGACGCGAACAGGCAGCGCGGCCGGCGCCUGCGCAGCGACGCGUGUGGGCGGGGCCCGCGCCGCGCCUGCGCAGUCCUCGGCGGUCGUGGGGGGACGGACAAGAGGCGGGCCUGGGGGCGGGGGAGCUGUGAGGGAGGCUGGGCCGGGCUGGGCCGGGCUGGGCCGGGCGGACGGCGCCGCGGGCUUGGCUGCCGCCCUGAGGCCGGACUCAACGGAUUCGGGCCGCGCCACCGGGCGAGCUCGCCGCCCGGCCCCGGCCCGCGGAGCCAGCGAGCGAGCGAGGCGGCGGCGGCGGCGCGCGGUAAGAGCCUGCUCCGGGCCCCCUCAGCACGAGCGACGGCCGGCGCGCCUCUUCACCUCAGCGCCGCCCGCGCGGCCCGGCCCCGGCGGCCCCGCGGACCCCGGCGGCCCGCGCCUGCGCCGUCCCCUCCCGGGCCCCCCGGCCCGGCGCGCGCCUGCGCUGGCCGCUCCAGGGCCCCGUAGCCUCCCGCGAGGCGCCCUCCCCUCGCGCCCCAGGAGCGGCCGGGGCCACCGCUCCACAGCCCCUGGCCGCCGGUACUCUGGCCCCCCAUCCCCCGGCUGGCUCCCUGGCUUCGGGCCUCCUGCGGGCUCCGCUUCCGCCGGCCGCGCGCCCCCCUCCCUCCACCCACACCUGCGACCCGUUCUCUGCUGGCGGCGUCAGCCCGGGGCGGACGGAGGGUCCUUAAUUCUCCAUACCCGGUUCAUGGCUUCGGGUUGA